UGUCAAUCACAAGAUGUGAUAAAAAUCUUUAAAGACAAUCUUGUGGCUAAGAAUAAACGAAGGAACUGAAAUUUUAAUCUUGAGAACAAAAGAUGCAAUGUCAUAAAAUAUGACCCCUCACUGAAUUUUUCUCUUCAGACUAUGAUUAACUGUGUGUGUGUGGGUGCGAACACAGGAGGAAUAAAAGUCAAGCUCUGUGGAGUGGCACAGUAUGCAAAUCUUGUUGGAGUAACAAUAGGAUACACUAUCACUACAGCUAUUAGCAUGGCGGCUAUAAAAAGAUCGAAUUGUUUCCACAAGCAAGGGCACAAAGUGGGUUGUCAUACAUCAAACAAUAUCUUCAUGAUGAUAUUUGGGGUGAAGCAGAUAAUACUCAGCCAAAUACCAAACUUUCAUGAUCUUUCAAUACUGUCCAUCGUCGCUGCUAUUAUGUCCUUCACUUACUCUGCCAUUGGCCUCGGCCUCGCCAUUGCCAAAGUUGCAGAGGGGCAUCAUCCGAAGACAAACCUAACAGGAAUACCAAUUGGAGAGGAUGGAAUGACAAAUUCACAGAAAAUAUGGAACACCUUCCAAGCACUUGGUAACAUCGCUUUUGCCUAUGCUUUCUCUAAUGUCCUCAUUGAGAUACAGAACACACUAAAAUCUACCCCACCGGAGAAUGUAGCAAUGAAGAAAGCUACCUUGAUUGGGAUUUCAGUCAGUACCAUGUUCUAUAUGUCAUGUGGACUUGUCGGUUAUGCAGCAUUUGGGAACCACGCGCCAGGGAACUUUCUGACUGGAUUCGGCUUCUAUGAACCCUUUUGGCUUGUCGACAUUGCUAACGUGUGCAUUAUUGUUCAUCUUGUUGGAGCCUAUCAGGUAAACAAACAUCAAACAUACUUAAAAGAGUCUAUGACGCAAUUUGGUUUCUACAAAUCCUUCUGGCUUUCCUCCAUAAAAUACUGUACCUGCUGGUUCUUUUGUUAGAACAGGCACAACCCAAUUCAUUCGAUUACUACAGGGAUGAACCCAAUCUGAACUAUGGAUCGUAAAAGAAAAUACCUAUUGAACUAAUCACGCAAGAAUAGCAGUUACAGUACCUAUCAGCCAAAGAGGAAUCCUUCCAGUAUAGUAUCGACCAUUUACCCGACUUCCCUCCACAUUUCAUCGAGUGACCAUACUAGAGACAUAAACAGUCAUGGAUAAUUUUCAGAUUGGGAUAAGAGAAUUCCUACUAUUACUAUUCUCUUUCUUUCCCUUAAUUUAAAGGGAAAAUAAUGAAUAGAAAACAUCUAGUUCAGCUUGUCAUAUAUAGACUAAGAACCUCUCAGUAGAGACUAGUAUGA